UAACAGUAAACUUAUUAUAAUUCAUUUAUAAACAAAUAACCAUGAACUAAGUUAAAUUUUAAUAAAAUACAAUAAUUAAAUAUUACAUUUUUAGUUUUAUGAAAAACAUAAGUAGUUAUUAAGUGUUUUGCUUGUAUUGUAAAUAUUAGAUUGGUAACAAUAAAAAACGGUGGAUUAUGAUCAGAUAAAGUUGAAAUACUUAAACAGUUAAGCUUAUAUUUAACAAACAGAACUUAACGAAUGAAAGAUGUCUCAAAAUGAAGUAAAUCUUGAAGAUGAACAAAAAUUCAAGUCGUUAUUGUGUCGGAGACUAGUUGAAUCAGGUUGGUUAGAUGAAGUUACUAUAUUGUGUAAAGAAAAGUUGAAGGAACGAUUAUCGAAAGGACAGUCUGUGAGGUCAAUAACUGAAAAUGAUUUAUUCAAUGAUAUUGCCCCAGAUGCUAGAAGAAAGUUACCAGAUACAAUAAAAAGAGAGCUGAAGGUAAAAGUGCAGAAUCAUUUGUUACAAACUGCAGGAUAUUUCGAUGAUACUGACAGUGAAUCAUAAAAAGUUUAAUUUAAAAAAUAUUUUUUAUCUUAGAACAUGUAAAAUAUGUUUUUAAUGUAACUAAAAGGUCGAGAGUGUAAAUAAUUCAAGUUAAUACAUAGAAGAUAUUUUUUUUUUAUAAUUUUAUGAUGUCUAUGUUUAUACACUUAAAUUUUUUUAUUUUUAUGAGAAUUUAGUACAAUAUUUUAAAAUUGAACUGUAAUUUUUUAUUUAUGUACUUCUAUAUAAAUUAAAAAUUCUACAAGUCUGUGGUCAAGUGGCUAGAAAUACAGGGUUCUUAGGCACAUAAAAUCAUGAUUUUAUUCCCCGGUAACCAAAAUAUAUUUUAAUAGUCAUUACUCAUUAGCGUCAGGUCUCUGAAGCAAGCCGGCCAAAAUUCCAUAAACCCAAUAUUAUUAUUUUUUAUCGAAGUAUAAUCAUAAAAAAAAUAUUUUAUAAUAGUGCUGGUAAAGAAAAAUGUUAUUAUG